AUGUCUGGGCCAUACAGUCACCCUGUGGUCUUUGCGUUCGCCAAUAACCUCCCAAGGCCUUUUCCAAUCGACUGCACCGUUGGUGGUGAGACUUGGUCCGCGGUCAGAAAGAGGAUAGCAAAACUCUUCGAAUCAACCUUCAGGGAGGAGCUCUCUUGGGAUUUCUAUCGCCCGGGCAGGAAGAUAAAUAGAACACAGCCCUUUUAUCCAACCAACGUGGAUCAUGAUAUUGAUUUUGCUUUUGCGGAGACCAUACAUCCAUCAGAUUUAGCAUCCGCGGACUCAGGCCUCCAGAUAGUAAUUGUUAUCAACAGUUUAGUUAACCCGGUGUCUCAAAUGACCAUGAAGAAAACCGUGUCUCUCGAAUUUCCUACAGGUUUGCCAUAUGUGCCUCCAAAACCAGGAAGACUUGUUAAUUCUGUCGGCGUAUCUUGGGAUUACCAGGCUUCCGAUAAUCUUGUUAAACAUUUGCGCAAGAGUGUUGGAGAACAUUACCACUGGUUCUCCAACGGCUACAUAGACAAGUGGACCAUGCCUCUAUACCUAUUUCUGUCGGGGGCAGGAACUGGAAAAUCACGGAAUUCGGUAGAACUACACAACACAAUUCUCAAGUGCUUCGAUGGGACUUAUGGUGACCACCGCAACCAGCAAUUAGCGCAGAUAUUGAAAGAUCCAUUGGUAUUUCAUGUCACGCUAGAGAAUGGCCAAUCCCCUCAAACCCUGGAAGAUAAUCCAAUGGGUCUCAUUGGAUACAGAAUGCUGCAUCAACUCAUAGGCGGCGAGAGAGGUCUAUCGGAGUUGAUCGCUGAAUGGAAACCCCCCGACCCCGAGGUCAUACUGAGAGCUGUCGAACGUUGGAAUGCUAAUCAGCACGGAGGAGAACCAAGAGCCGUUUUCCUCGUGGUCGACGGCCUCAAGGUAAUAUCUACUAGAUAUGGGAAAUCAGCAUUGACCGAUGUCUUGCUCCAAUUAGGAGGUCUGGCAUGUCGGGAAAACAGCUUCAGAAUUGUAUGUGCCACCUCAAGAAUUUCUGGGCCAAUCUACAAAAUUCGGGGAAGGUUCAAUAGAAAAACAGUUGUUCUCCCUUGUUCCCUGAUUAAGACACCCACAAUUCAAGGGGUUGAAGUUUUUCGAACUGCGAUUUCCAAGUUCGCCAGGCAUUGCGGUGGCCACGGCCGGGCGUUGGAAUGCAUGUCCCAUGUGUUUCAGACUUAUCCCCAGGAUGACUCCGGUCCUGAAAUCACAAAUAAAGGUUUGAAAUACAUUAUGGACGCUUAUCGCGGCGUCAUACCUUCUGAGGGAGGGGAAGAAAUCUUCAUGGCCGCUACGGCCAAUCGCCUUUUACACAAGUACAAGCCGAUUCCCGGGACUGAAAUCACUCCUGACGAAUUGUGCGAAAGGGGCCUGGUGACCUUUGAGUCUGAUUACUUGUCCGGAUACCUCGAUAAAGGAUAUUUGAGGGUUUCGUACAUCUGGGUUCUGAUAUUUGCUCGACUGUACAGAGACAGUUUUGAAGAAAUUUGCUAA